UUUUGUGACAAUCCUUGCUGUAAUGCAACAACCUGUGAGCUAUUUCCAAAUGCCACAUGUGCCACAGGCUCCUGCUGUGAUACAACCACAUGUCAGAUUAAAGCACAAGCAAUGAUUUGCCGCAAUGCCAUGUCUGAAUGUGACUUACCUGAGUUCUGUGAUGGUAAAUCAGAGUUCUGUCCAGAUGAUGUCCAAGUACAGUUUGGCACAGAGUGUGGAGAUAGAAAGGCAUACUGCUAUAAUGGGCAUUGCAGAAGUCAUGCUGACCAAUGUAAAUUGUUAUGGGGACCAUCUGGUAAGAUGUCAGAUAACCGUUGUUUUCAACAAAAUGUGAAGGGUAACGUUAAUGGAAAUUGUGGUUUCCAGCGCAUGAAUCAAAGCUACACAGCCUGUCAACCUGAAGAUAUCAUGUGUGGCAUGCUUCAUUGUGUCCACCUGAAUGAGAGACUGGAAUUUGGAAUGGAGUCUGCUGCAGUUUUAGCUCGCUCUUUCAUCAAUGUGCGAGGGAAAAUAUUGACUUGCCGUUCUGCUAUAGUUGACCUUGGAUUGACAAGUACAGAUCCAGGUCUAGCUCCCGAUGGAGCUAAGUGUGGAGAAAAUAAGCUUUGUGUGAAUCAGAAAUGUGUGUCUAUUCAAGAAGUGGAAAAUGUCCGGUGCCCGUAUGACUGUAAUGGACAUGGAAUAUGUAACAGUAGACAUAACUGUCACUGUGAAGUUGGAUAUGCCCCACCAUUUUGUGAUUAUCCUGGUGUGGGGGGAAGUGUUGACAGUGGUCCAGCAUCUGUUUUAAAUAAUAACUAUGACUUUAUGAUUGCAAUGUAUGUUAUCUUCCUGGGUAUUAUUCCUAUUGGAGCAAUUACGGGAGUAGCGGUGUUUUACUUUCGUCGACACUUAAACACCUGGUGGAUUGCUAAAGCAAGAAAGGCAGCCAUCCGUUCACGUGCCAAGCAGGCUGCAGAGAGGAAAAGUCGUCCACUCUCUAAGUUCACUUUUGAUCAGCCAGGUGAUGUCAGAUCCCUAGAAAUAUCAGCACCGAUACCUCAAGAAGGGAAGGUACCAGCAGUUACAACCUUGCCUCGUCGUAAAGAUGUACCUCAGAGGAGCAGUUUUCGGGGAUUAGAAAUCUCUGCACCCAUACCACAGAGCACUACAAGUAACCUUCCAGCACAGGCUGUGCCAGUAAGACCUGCUCCUCCUCGCCCCGAAGCAUCUACUCAUAGGUCUCCCUCUUGGGCCCCAUCUUCAUGUACAGAUGCUUUUCAUGUUUCUCCUGUAGCUCGGACAUCUAGUACCCGAUCUAAAGGAAAUGCACGACCUAUGAGCAUCCCUGCAGCUCGACCUAAUAUACCACCUCCUCGACCCCCUCCUCCACAAAUGGGAAAAACAUGCCCCUCACCACAAGAUAAACUUCAGAGAAGUCAGUCUGCUAACAGCCCACCUACAAGCCAUAUUAAAUCUUCUUCUGGCAUCAAUGUUAAUAAUGCAACUAGUACAAUAUCUAAUAAUUUACAGAAGCUACCACCAGGAUCAACUACCAUUUCAGGUCCUACUCUCAUCAGUGCUUCUAAUCCAGUAGUAAAAAAUAAUCUGGGGUCUAAUAUAAAUUUGAAGAUAGGAACUCAACCCAAAUCACUGAACAAAACAAAUCCUUCUGUAACAACACAACCAGUUUUUAUUAAACCUUCAAACCUGCAAACAUCUAGUGGCCAGUCACGGCUUGGAAAGUUUUCUGCUCCUUUAUUUGGGCGUUUCCUUGGAGGAUCCCAGAAAGAUUCAUUAGAUACAAAUAAUUUGAACUCUCCUGGACUAAAAAAGCUUCCUGAAACAAAGUUAGGAACUUUAAACUCAAAUAUUUCUGAUCAACCAGAGAUGGAAAAUGUAUAUGAAGAACCACCUAGUCCUAGUUCUCUGUAUUAUGAUGAUUGUCAGAACACAUUAGAUUUUUCAGACACACCACUUGCCUUUGUUCACCAAGAGUUAGAAAGUGAUCCUACUACAUCACAAGCCCAGAGUGUCACUACAUCUUCUCCCACUACCACAUUUAUUCCCUCAAAACCUCGAUUCACUAGCACCGCAGGGUCAGUUGGUGAUAGAAAAUCUAAUCUUCCACCACAUCCUACAAAUGUAAAACUCAAUACUACAGAAGUUAAAGGUCCAUUUGGGCGAUCUGUAUUCAGUAAAAAAAAAAGCGAUACUAAGAACACAGAUGCUUGUAUGCCUUUAGGUAGUAAUACGAGCAAUCUUUCUUCUGUAAACCCACAACGAGCAUCAUCUAGUUUCACGGAUAAUUCAGUACUACCAGCAGAUAGUGCGUCUAAAACCAAGACCAGUUCUCCUGUAAAAUCGGUCAGAAAAGUCCGGAGUAGUGUCGGUGAUACUCGACUACAAACAUCUUCUCCACAUGCUACUCCUACUCGUUCAUUUUCAACAGCAUCAGGUCAACCAUCAAAGGUUGCCUCAUUAGCCCAAAAAUUUGAGAAUAGUACCACAAAAGAACAGGGGAAUUCUUCAUUUCAUGGCCCCUCAAAGUUUAUGAAUAGAUUUGAGAAUCAAACUAAUCCGAAGAUUUAAGUAGAAUUAAAGUCUAGCCAUGAUAGUUCUAGUGAUAACUUAUAAGUAUGCCCAUGCUAAUUUUUUUUUUUUUUGCAUAGAACUUUUGUUUUUGUUAUGGUAACUGGGGGUGUAAAAAAAAAAACGUUGAUAGAGUUCAAGUUAAAGAUUAAUUUUUAACUUGUAUGUGAUAUUCAUUCCACCCAGCAGAAACACUUAGCUAGCUCAAAGUAUUUAUUAAUUGACAAAUCUGGGCUUUUAUUUUUUAUUGUGUGCAACAGUUUUGUAUUUAGUUUGAAGCACAAGUAAAUGCAGUAUAUGUUAUUCAUACCUAACCUUGCAUUGAUAUAAGCAGCUAUAAACCUGGAAUUGAAUAAACAAAUGUGUUGAUUAAAACUAGUCUAGCUUUAUUACAUAUAAGUAUAUUAGCCUACAUUAUGUAAAAAAAUCCACCCAAAACUUUACUGUUGGUAAGUAUCUGUUCCCUAAAGCCCAGCUAGGUUGAUUAUAGAAAUUCUCGUACUUUAUAGAUGCCAUUAAGUAAGGAGCUUAUUUAGGCUAACUUUACUUUAAACAGUCACCUUUAUAUUUUAGCUUUGCAUUGUAUAUUCCUUGCAUUUUUUAAUACAAGUUAAUAUAUGACCUGUGUGAUUAUUAUUUAAAAAAAAAGUAAUCAUUACUUUAAAUCCCCAGAAAUCAUCCUGUUUUACAAUUUAGUCAAUUUUCAUUUAAAUUGCAAGGUUUUUGCCUAAAAAUAACUUGCUGUUACUACUUCAUCAGAAUAUUUAUAUACAGUACAAGAUUAAUGUAGUAUGACUUAAUUCUCUGACAAAACUGAAGUAAAAAUGUUGAAAAAAUACGUUAAGCUACAGGGUUUGCAACAUCAAGUAAUUCCUGUUUUUAAGUACUCAAUUACUCGUGCUGGGGUUUAUUUUUUUGUUAGUAUAGAAGCAAAUCUCGAGGUAUCCUGCUAACUGUUACCAAGUGUAUGCUGAAAAUGUAUAUUAAAAGUGUAAUAUCUCUCUUUUUUUUUCUGGAUUAAUCAUACUUUAACACAUUCUUUUGUGUGCGUUUAGAAUGUGUGUUUCAUAUUAGGUUUCUUUAAGCUUAGGAUUUUAUCAGAAUAAUUAUAUUAUUCAUUGAAGAACUUGUAACUAAUUUUAGUUUAUAAUUAGAAAUGACUAAAAAGGAAAUCAGUUAUUAGGUAAGGUGUUAUGUGCAUAAAUAAAAAUAUAGCAUAUAAAACUACAAGUUAACACCAAUGGCUGGCGACCUUUUUGACAGGUGAGCCAUACUGUAUAUGGCAACAUUUUCAAUGAACUGAAGUUAUUGUACAACAUGUCCUGUAAUUCUUCUUCUCUGCAGAGUCAAUUUCUUAGAUCCUCGUUAACCAAUCUGUAGCUUGCAUAAUGAAGCUCUCCUCUUGGUAUGGCAAUGGGCUGAUCCGUGUUCUUUGUUUGAAUACACCUAGUGUUUGUUUAUGCAGAAAUAUUAAGUUGUGACUGACACUUUAGUAGCAGCUAGUUUUAUCACACACUUAUACAUCAUUACAACUAAAAUAUAAUUAAUGAUAAAAGUAAUGUGCCUAGGUUAGGGAUAUGGAAGUUAUAAAUGAGACAGUGUUUCAUUGGCCUCAUCUGGAAAGCUGGUGCCACUUCCACUUAAAUUAUCCUUGAUAGGUUCUGUCCAUUGGAUAUACUUUUACAUUAUGUACUGUAUAAAUAACAAUUUGUUAAAAUUCAGACCUAGGACAUUUUUUUAUAAUUAUAAGAGCAUUGCAACUAUACAGUAAGCUGUAUAAAUUUUGUAGGAAGUCGUGUUAAUGACUAAGAAAGGUUCAGAUGUGUUGCCUGACUUAAUGGUGUACGUGCUAGAUUGAAUAAUUUUCAAUCGUGUGUUGAAAAUAUGCAGGCAUUCAUUUUCACUCGAGGUUAUUCGUCUAAUUCUUAGUCAGUCUGCAUGUUAAUUUGUUGUUAAGAGUUAUUUGAACUCUGAUUUUGUGCCACUUUAAAAUUUGCAUUCAACAGUUUUUCCUCAUCAGUAAGUCUGUGUUAAGCUAAUUUAUGGCAGUGUAUGUGAAGAUUGAAUAGUGUUGUAACAUUGGGUUUUUCUCUAUUCUCUAAUGAGUCUAAUCAUUGCAAUUCUAAUAGCUAAGUGUGUACUUCUUGUUCUAAUUUCAGCCAUGUAGAGAAUUUCUCACAUGUUGAUAUCCAUGAAUUUUAUACUUGAUGUCCAAUUAUACCUGACAAGGAAAAGUUAUAAAUCUAACAAUAUCAGAAAUUAUUAAGUGGAUACAAAGACCUGGGACCAGAUUGCAGCUAUGCCUUGAAACAUGCCAUAUUAGAACAUAAAAUCAUAUGAAAUGUUUUAAUUUUUUAUCCUAAAGGCAUCAAGUAUACUAACAAUUAACCACGUUUUCUUUUAGCUUUGGCCCUACAAAAAUUGAGGCAGCUGAUCUGAGGUCAUAGUGCUGCUCUGAUAUGUGAAUGUUACAAUGUAUUUUAGAUAGUGAAAUAAAACUUUUUGUGUGUACUAUCAUGUGUGGCACAAAAAAUAUAGUUGGUAAAUAUUUUUCUAAUAAGACUAUACAGGACACUUUCAUUAAUUUAAAUUGUACGGCACUUCAUAGAGAUGCUGACUCACACCAUUAGAAUUUUCAGGGAUCUUGACUUUAAGCACCAAAAAUGCAUAUCUUUCUUGUAAAAUACAAUCCAUAUAUUUUGUUUGGGGACUAUACUCUGAUCCACACUAUUUUUCAGUAGUCAUAUCUUUUUUAAACUCCAGGAUAAUCUUGAUUCAUGAUUUAAAGACUAUUCUUAUGUUUGGAAAUUGUAUUCUUAUCCACUCUCUUUCUAUAUUGUAAUCAUGUAUCUUUUUAAGCCCCAAAUAUACUUGUGUCAUAGUUAGAAGGCAGUUCUUAGGUCAAGUUUGAUAAUCAUGUUAUCUUAUGUGGUUGAAGUAGCAAAUAAACAGAAAGGUAGCAUUAAAUCUCAUGCUUGGACUUAAACUCUUGAUAUGAGUCAGGAAAAGAGUAAUAUUGUUCCCCUCCUAAGUGACAUGUAUCUUUUUAAGCCCCAAAUAUAUUUGUGUCAUGGUUAGAAGGCAGUCCUUAGGUCAAGUUUGGUAAUCGUGUUAUCUUAUGUGGUUGAAGUAGCAAAUAAACAGAAAGGUAGCAUUAAACCUCAUGCUUGGACUUAAACUCUUGAUAUGAAUCAGGAAAAGAGUAAUAUUGUUCCCCUCCUAAGUCACAUUGAUUUUCUUGAUACAAGUUAGUAGCUUUUUGUACACUAUUGCUAAUAAUAAUAUAAAAUAUGUUAAAGUAACAAGUUGAAAUGAAACAACAAAGACUUUAAUUCUAGUGAUCGUAUCAAUGUAUGUAUGUGGUUGCCUCAGGUAACACUUUCAAUGUAUUCUCUUUGUGGAACCUAUCUAGACAGUCUUUCCCAGGAAUUGAAUUUUUAGUACACAAUAAAUAAUUUAAAUCUAUAUUGGUUGCUACAGUCAUUGAUGACAUCUUUAUACAUAUAUUCUAGCUUACCACAAGUGCCUGUAAAACAUGAACUAAACUUUGAAAUAAAAUAUCAGGCAAGUAUCAAGUAUGAACCUUCUUAAUUUAUAGAAAUUUAUACAAGUGCAAGUCUUUAGCUGUCUGACUUGUAUCAGCUAUGAAUUAAAGAAAAAAAGUUUGCCCUCUGAAAACAUAAAAUGUUAUUCUGAUAGCAUUUUAAACUGCUGAUGAUUAUGCUCUAUUUUACAAAAUAUAUUAUGCAGUUUGAAUUAUUAUUACUCUGUUAGAAGUAGUUAAUAAUACAUUUAAAAAAAGGUAUUCAUCCAGUAUCCAAUAAUUACACAAAAUGUUUUGAAAGUUUCAGAUCUUACCUCAUUGAGCUAUUUUUAACAUCUCAUUAUCACAGGCAUUUUGAGAUCAGUUUCAUAACUAUUGAAUUAGUGUUUAAUAUUAAUACUGUUCAACUGAAAGGUAGACUUUUGAAAAAGUUUGAUACAUCUGGAAAGUUUGUAUGCCCGUUCCCUAAGUAUUUUAUUUUGGAAACUGAUCUACGGCCUCGAAGGAAAUCAAGUAUCUUGUCCGAAACCAGAUUAAUGGGUUAACAGUUAUUUUACCUUUACCUGGUAAUAAGUUACAAUUUCUAUGAGUACACAAGUAGCUUAACAGCACUGUUUUUCAAACAAACUCGUACUAAGUUUUCAGUUCUUACAUGUGAGGAGGUUAUGUUAAUCUUAGAAGAAUAGCUUUCUUUGUUUGGGGUUAUAUAUAUAUGCAUGAAUAUUCAGGCUCAAACAUUUUUCGUAUCUGUUAGUCACCAUUUUACAUUUACUUUACUUGAUUAAUGCAUGAUUUGUUAAAAUGCCAUGGCUUGUUAUCUUGAAUUAAUGAGGGGAGUAUCACAUUAUAUUGGUGGAUUGCUAAAGUUUUGUUUAGUCCUAAUUUUCUGUAUUACUGUUUAACACAAGUUUGUCAUAACAUUAUUAAUGAAGUUAUAUAUAUAUUUUUAUCUUGAGAAGAAUUGUGUUUUUGAACUUCAUUGAUUCAGCAGUGUCAGUGUAUAUUAUUUUGUUUGUACAUUUCUAUAUAUCUAGAUAUAAUGUAUGUAUUAGUUAUCAAUAUUUCAUUUGAGUUAUUUUUUAUUCCAUUAUUUUUUGUUGAGGAAAAUUGUUUGUUGAGACAGCUAAAAGGCAUUUUAGGGAAAAUAUUUUGGAUUCAUAAAUAUUUAGAAACAGGCUUAUUUUGUUUCAUGUCAUACAGUUGUAUUCAUUAUAGAAAUUCUCAACAAAGCUACAAAAAUAUAUAAUUACUAGAUUGGUGAAUUAGAUUUUUUCAAGAAAACCUUAUUUAAACUAAAUGUGAGAAAUUGCAAGUUUUUAAUACUUUUGUAUGUUUGACACUGUAGCUUCUGGAAUCAUGAGUUGUAAUAGCCAUAUUAUGGUUAAACUUGGUGUACAUAUUCUGUAGUGGUACAAUAUCCUGUCAUAAUUAUGUUUGUUUUUAAAACUCCACUAUACAAAGGAACAUUUUCAGUGGUUUUCAAAGGAAUACCCCAUUUUGUAUGUAUUAUUAUUGUCACAUUGUUGUUUCAGUUCCAUAAUGUGUGGAUUUUGUUUUCUAGCAAAAUAUAUUCUGAGUUACAAACUAAAUGCCCAACUACAAUGACAAAUGGGUCCAGCAGUGCAUACUAGUUUUUGUUGUUGGAUGACAUUUUUGCUUCAUUGAAUGCUGUCAUUUUAAAAACUUGAGAUGCUUGUAAUAACAAUCUAUGUUAGAUAUUAUAAGAUUGUUUUCUUUUAUACGCAUGUAAAAUAACAUGCCUUCUAGUCACCUCUUCUGUAAGGGCUUCUUUCCAGCAGUCUCCAGUUCAAUAAUUUAUGGUUAUCAAAUGUUACCUCCGUGUGUGUGUGUGUGUUAUGUCAAAGCAUUAUCUCUUAACUUUUUUACUGCCACAUUUAUAGAUGAACAAAUUUUUAAGUGGAUAUACACACAGAAAUGCAUGGUGGUUAUACUUGCUUGUAUUUCAAUUGUUACUUGUCAUAUAAAGAUAAUUUUUUGAGAUAAUUAAGAUAUUUCACAGAUGAUUAUGUUUUCAGGUUAUAAGAAGUAGCAAGUAAAAUAAUCAUUUUUGCCUUUAUUUCCAAAUUAAUAUGCAACAAUUAAUAUUUCUUAACACCUGCCACACGAGCCAGACCGGCAUUUUGAUGUGGUUCCAAAAAAAUGAGUCAUUCCAGAAAGGUUUGGGUUGUUUUGAUUAGACAAAAAAGAAGAUAUUUGUCAAUAUUUUCGAGGUCUAGGUUGCUGGACCUGACCUGUGACCUGACCCAAGACCAUGAGAGCCAACAUGGAGAAGUUAACUUGUAAAUUUAAAAUAUAACUAUGUUGCAAUGAAACAUGCUUGAAAUAUUCUAGAUGUGGUUGUGAAUGUGAUGGUUUAAGUGUAGCGAUUAAGCUAAAUCAUAAGUCCAGGUCAGAUGAGGGAAGAACUUAUUCGAAGAUAUCCUAAUUGAUUUGACAUGCCAACUGAAUUGGAGAUUCAUCAAUUGGUUACUACGUUAAUAGCAAAACAUAAAAAAAAAAAAAAUGGCCACAGUAGUAUCGUUAUCUUGAAAAGGAGGGAAUUAGGAUCAUACAAGAAAUCAUUAGUUUCAGUAUUUUGUGAAAUUAAUGGCAUAGUAAAGCCCAAAGAUGCAGUGUUUAAGUUGAAGCAGAUGAACAUUGCAUUACAAGAUGACUUCCCUAGUGAUUCUCAAAUUAAAAAUGACAUUUCUGCAAUGAAAAGUAAAUAUAAGAAGGAUGGUAUAAUGCCCUGUAUGGUAACACCAUAGUAUAAUCCAUACAGAUUUCAUCCUGCCAUAUUUUCAUUAAUAUUUAGUUUUUUCAUUUUAGAAAUAACCCUAAAUCACCAGUUUCUGUAAUGACCCCCCCAUUGACCAUCCUAGGCUCAAUACUAAAAGAUGCUUGGCUGGCUCGUAUGGCAAGUAUUAAAAUUAAUUUUUGAUUUUAUAGUGUAUCUAUUUUUCCAAAAAUUUAAUUAAUACCACACUUUGCAAGGCUAAAAUGAAGGUUAUAUAGUGUCUCCCAUACAUGUGCCCAUGGCAGUUAAAGGGUUAAAUGUUGAAUUUAGAAGUCUUAACAUCUCUAGCCAAAUGCCACCUAGUUAAUAUUUUACUUAUUAGUGUUGGAAUGGUACAGAAGUGUCUAAAAUCCAAUACUAGUUUCCCUCUUACAAUACUUUUAUUAUUUGUUUGACUUUCAGAGGUUUCUUCUCCCACUAAACGUAUUUACAUGGUAUCAAGCAUUUAAUAUUUAUCCCUCUUCAUGACAGCAAGUGAAAAUUCUACAUUAAUGAAAGUAUUUUCGAAUAAUUGGAAAAUCUGAUAUUUGUUCUACCAAACUAUUUUUUUUUUCUUUCAGAUCUUGAAAAAUUGUUUAAAGAUGAUGAUAAAAUUAACAUAAGAGUUUAGUAUUAAUGAACAGAAAAAAAACCCAUCAUGUAAUAAUUUGGCAUGACAUGCUACUCUAGACACCAGUGAAAAAUUCUGAUGAAUAUGUAUAAUACAAAUUUUGCUUUCAUGUUAUUAUUUGUUACUAACUUGAAAAACUAUUUUUACCUAAUCUUGAUAUUGCUUUGGGGAGGGGUAAUUUCAAUGUCUUGAAAAUUAAAAGCAGGUUGUGUACAUACAUAUCACCUGCUAUAUUAGUAUUUUGUAUGUGAAGUGACUGUAAAUAAAAUACUUACAUUGCAUCUGAAA